AUGCUUCCUGAUAGCCCAUCACCUCGUGCCGCUCUCGCCCUAUCAGAUCUUCAGCCUCAGACUGGAGCUUCAACAUUCGCUGUCGGUACUGGCUCUGGCAACUGUUUUGAAGGCGAAUUUAUCCGAUUUUCCUGGAUAAAACAUCUAUUCUCUUCAGUUUCUGACAAUUCAAGUUUAGGAUGCUUGGAUGCUUAG